CCCUUACAAACAUCAUCAUCACCACUCUACCUAAAUCAGGAAGCACCGAGUUACGUUUGUGUUUCUUCUUUCCUUUCCCUUUCAUGAAAAAAAAAGAAAGAAGCGGGAAGACUCCAGUGAUUACGGCGCCGGAGAAACCUUACAGGGGAGGAUAAAAAAAAAGGGCGUUAUUGUUGGUGUUGGUGACGACCACCGUCGACCACUGUUGACAGGGAGAAGACUGACAGUUGGUUGCGUCCAGUACGAGGCUGAGCUGUGGAUGCAUCUGACACAGACCAACCGGAGAAGAAGGGAUUAUAAAACGACCUGACAUCGGACCUGACAGCAAGAUUUAUGCAGCAGCAAGUCUCUCUCAGCAGCAUGGGCCAACAUCUAGGAAAGAGGGAGGCACCUGUGGACAGCAAGGCUCCAUCACCUGAACCCAAAGUGGAGCCGACAGCAGCAGAAGAAGUAGAAGUCGAGACUGAAGCACAAGAUGAAGUCUUCGGACUGGGUGAGGCAGAUGCGAACCAGAACAAUGGCUGCGUCUCGAACAAGCCGGCGGUGACUGACUCCACGGGCGCUGAGGGCCCCCACCAGGCCUGGACCCUCGCCAGCACAGCUGACCCUGACGCCGCCACACCACGCCCCCACCUGGCCCGCCUCUUCUCCCGAGAUGCCCCGGGCCGCGAGGACAACACCUUCAAAGAGCGACCCUCCGAAUCGGACGAGCUGCAGACCAUUCAGGAGCACAGCGGAGCGGCGUCAGAGUGCGGGUCGGAGAGCCUCGAACAGGAACUAGACUAGGCUAGCUUUUUUUUUUUCUUCC